AGCUGCAGGGGCGGCGGCGGCGGCGACGGCGGCGGCUUGGCCGGGCGUCCGCGGGCCGUGGGGGAUGGGGGCGGCGAGCUCCAGCCCUCGGCGGCGGCGGCGGCGGCCGUGAGUGUUGGGCCGGCGUCCGUGUUCGGGACGCGGGAUGGAGCGCCGCGGAAUUCCAUUUUUUUGACUGUUAUGUGAAAGGAUGAUUGCUUACAAACAGAAAAAGACAAAGAAAAAACGUGUUUUGUCAACAGGCCAGCUCUCAACUGAUGUUACAACUUCUGAGAUGGGGCUCAAGUCCAUAAAUUCCAACGCCAUUUUGGAUCCUGAUUACAUCAAGGAGUUGGUGAAUGACAUCAGGAAGUUCUCCCAUAUGUUACUGUAUUUGAAGGAAGCUAUUCUUUCAGAGUGUUUUAAAGAAGUCAUUCAUAUACGUCUGGAUGAACUUCUUCGUGUUUUAAAGUCUGUAAUGAAUAAACAUCAGAACCUCAAUUCUGUCGAUCUUCAAAAUGCUGCGGAAAUGCUUACCGCAAAAGUGAAAGCUGUGAACUUCACAGAAGUAAAUGAAGAAAACAAAAAUGAUCUCUUCAGAGAAGUGUUUUCUUCUAUUGAAACCUUGGCCUUUACCUUUGGAAAUAUCUUGACAAACUUCCUUAUGGGAGAUGUAGGCAAUGAUUCAUUAUUGCGACUGCCUGUUUCUCAGGAAAGUAAGUCUUUUGAAAGUGUUUCUGUGGAAUCAGUGGACUCAUCCAAUGAAAAAGGAAGUUUUUCUCCUAUAGAAUUAGACAGCAUGCUGUUAAAAAACACUAAUUCUGUAGAACUGGCUUUGUCAUAUGCUAAAACAUGGUCAAAAUAUACCAAGAACAUAGUCUCAUGGGUUGAAAAGAAGCUGAACUUGGAAUUGGAGUCCACUAGAAAUAUUGUUAAGUUGGCAGAGGCAACUAGAACUAACAUUGGACUACAGGAAUUUAUGCCACUGCAGUCUUUAUUUACCAAUGCCCUUCUUAAUGAUAUAGAGAGUAGUCACCUUUUACAGCAAACAAUUGCAGCUCUCCAAGCCAACAAAUUUGUGCAGCCUCUACUUGGGAGGAAAAAUGAAAUGGAAAAACAAAGGAAAGAAAUAAAAGAACUUUGGAAGCAGGAGCAAAAUAAAAUGCUUGAAACAGAGACUGCUCUUAAAAAGGCAAAAUUGUUGUGUAUGCAACGUCAAGAUGAAUAUGAAAAAGCAAAAUCUUCCAUGUUUCGUGCAGAAGAAGAACAUCUGAGCUCAAGUAGUGGAUUAGUAAAAAAUCUCAAUAGGCAGCUAGAAAAGAAGCGAAGGCUGGAAGAGGAGGCUCUUCAAAAAGUAGAAGAAGCAAACGAACUCUACAAAGUGUGCGUGACAAAUGUUGAAGAAAGACGAAAUGAUCUAGAAAAUACCAAAAGAGAAAUUUUAACACAACUCUGUAAACUUGUUUUCCAGUGUGAUCUUACCCUUAAAGCUGUAACAGUUAACCUCUUCCAGAUGCAGCAGCUGCAGGCUGCCUCCCUCUCAAGCAACUUACAAUCUCUCUGUGAUAGUGCCAAACUCUAUGACCCAGGCCAAGAGUACAGUGAGUUUGUCAGGGCCACAAAUUCAGCUGAAGAGGAGAAAGUUGAUGGGAAUGUAAAUAAACAAUUAAGCAGUCCUCCCAUUUCUGGAUACGGACCUUCUGACUCUUUAGAAGACGUUGUACGCCUUCCUGACAGCUCUAAUAAGGUUGAAGAGGACAGAUGCUCUAACAGUGCAGACAUAACAGGUCCGUCUUUUCUAAGGUCAUGGACAUUUGGAAUGUUUAGUGAUUCUGAGAGCACUGGAGGAAGCAGUGAAUCCAGAUCUCUGGAUUCUGAAUCUAUAAGUCCAGGAGACUUUCAUCGAAAACUUCCACGAACUCCAUCCAGUGGCACCAUGUCUUCUGCAGACGAUCUGGAUGAAAGAGAGCCACCCUCCCCUUCAGAAGCUGGACCCAAUUCUCUUGGAACAUUUAAGAAAACGUUGAUGUCAAAGGCAGCUCUCACUCACAAAUUUCGCAAACUGAGAUCCCCCACCAAGUGCAGGGAUUGUGAAGGCAUUGUGGUAUUCCAUGGUGUUGAAUGUGAAGAGUGUCUCCUUGUUUGUCACCGAAAGUGUUUGGAAAAUUUAGUCAUCAUUUGUGGUCAUCAGAAACUUAUGGGGAAAAUCCACUUAUUUGGAGCAGAGUUCACACAAGUUGCAAAAAAGGAACCAGAUGGCAUCCCUUUUGUACUCAAAAUGUGUGCCUCAGAGAUCGAAAAUAGAGCCUUGAGUCUACAGGGAAUUUAUCGUGUAUGUGGGAACAAAAUCAAAACUGAAAAACUGUGUCAAGCCUUGGAAAAUGGGAUGCACUUGGUAGACAUUUCAGAAUUUAGCUCACAUGAUAUCUGUGAUGUCUUAAAAUUAUACCUUCGACAGCUGCCAGAACCAUUUAUUUUAUUUCGAUUGUACAAGGAAUUUAUAGACCUUGCAAUAGAAAUCCAACAUGUAAAUGAAGAACAGGAGAUGAAAAAGGAUAACCCUGAGGACAAAAAAUGGCCGAGUACAUCUAUAGAAAUAAGCCGAAUCCUCCUAAAAAGCAAGGACCUUCUAAGACAAUUGCCAGCAUCAAAUUUUAACAGCCUUCAUUACCUCAUAGUUCAUCUUAAGCGAGUUGUAGAUCAUUCAGAAGAAAACAAAAUGAACUCCAGAAACUUGGGUGUGAUAUUCGGACCAAGUCUCCUUAGGCCAAGGCCCACAACGGCUCCUAUCACCAUCUCCUCUCUUGCUGACUAUUCAAAUCAAGCACGGUUGGUAGAGUUCCUCAUUACCUACUCACAGAAGAUCUUCGAUGGGUCCCUGCAGCCACAAGAUGCAGCUGUAGGUAGUGCAGGUGGCAUCGCACCUCAGGUUGACCAAGGCUAUCUUCCGAAGCCUCUGUUAUCACCAGAAGAAAGAGAUCCAGAACAUUCUAUGAAGUCAUUGUUUUUCUCUUCAAAAGAAGAUAUCCAAACUACAGAUAGUGAAUGCAAAAGUUUUGAAUCCACUCCAUCAUUUGAGGAAUCAGAGCGAAAGCAAAAUGCAUUAGAAAAAUGUGAUGCAUAUCUCAUUGACAACAAAGGGCGUUUGCUUGUAGACCAAGAACUUGAGUCAGCAUCAAGAAAGACAGAAGAUGCUUGUAAAACCUCCAAGCUGCCUACUCUGAAGUCCGAUAGGGAAAUAAAUGGUGUUGAGAAGCAUCUUCCAAGGACCAGGAUUAGGCCUGUAAGUUUGCCUAUAGACAGACUACUACUUCUUGCUAGCUCUCCUACUGAGAGAAAUGGCAGAAAUAUGGGAAAUGUAAAUUCAGACAAGCUUUGCAAGAAUCCUGUCUUUGAAGGAGUUAAUAGAAAAGACUCCCCAACUGUUGUUUGUUCUAAAUUUGAUGGCUUUGAUCAGCAGACUCUACAAAAAACUAGGGAGAAACAGUAUGAACAAAAUGACCACACUGCAAAGACUGGAAUGAUUGUGCCCAGUGCAUUCCAGGAAAGAGGUGUGGCACUGAACAUCAGGAGCAGUGGGGACCACCCCGUCAGCAUCACCCAGCCCAGUAAGCCAUACACAGAACCUGUCAGGUCAGCAAGACAGGUGUCAGAGAGACGGUCCUCUGACUCCUGCCCUCCUGCUUCUGUCAGAACACCCAGGACACUGCAGCCCCAGCACUGGACAACAUUUUAUAAACCACCUGCUCCUGCUGCUAGUGGGAGAGGAGGGGAUGAGGAGAAACCGGUGACACCCUCCAUAGCCGUGCCCCCUGGCACAACGCAUGCUCCCCAGGAGCACGUGCUGAAAUCAGUUCCAGGGUCUGAAAAUGCCUCGGCUGGGCCUGUGCACCCAGUUAGUAGGCCUGAAGAGAAGGCUGAAGAACGAGACCAGCCUGAUGUACCCACGGCGUGUCAGAGACCAAGGCUGAAACGAAUGCAGCAGUUUGAAGACCUUGAAGAUGAAAUCCCACAGUUUGUGUAGGAUUGUCAGAGUUCAGUUUUUUCUCUUUUUGUUGUUUUGUGGUAUUGUUUGUCUUCUGAAAGAAAUUUUUGCCAGGACCUCUCUUGUAUAGGAUUGCCAAAUUGUGGAGUUAGCUUUUUGUCAUUGUUUUGUGUUAUCCUGUGUCAAUUUUGUUGAAUGGCAGAAUGUUUUGAUAGGGCCUACCUGUGCCUCACUGGAAUUAUAUGUAUUUUUGAAGUUGUGAAUAAAUAGACUCUAAAAUUUGUUUAAAGUUCAGUUGAUUCCCCAUAAAAUGGUCCAUUUAAGUGCAUCCCUAAUAUAUGAUAUAGCUCUCAACUAAUAGGUGCAAUUGAGGGAAAUCAGCUUUAUUUUUUUGAAGUUGAAACUACGUGCUUAUUUAUAAAAGGAAUGUUUCUGAGUGCAAGUGCUUGAAAGAUCUUUAUUUGGUAUGAUUGUUUUUUUCCACACAAUUUUAUAGUGUAUCUUUGACCAUUUAUGCUUUUAUGGUAAGUGUGUAACCUUUUAUUUUCCAAUUGGUGAUUCACUUAACUUUUUCAUAUUUACAUCAUGGCCAAAAGGCUUACAAAUCUGUAUUUAAUUCCAUUUUAAUUAAUUGCCAAAUUUUGCGUGUGGUAGUCAGUUUAACUGUACAAAGAAACUGCAUUUAAACAUGUUUCUAAAUUGUAUAGUUCAGUCAUGUCUUAUUUGGUUUUAGAUAGUACACAUUUAAUAAUUUUUCACUUUUUGGCUUUGUUCUGCAUAAACUUUUGUUCAACAGUUCUGAACCUUUUGGUAUUUUAUAUAAUAGUCCAAAACAAUGUUUUAAAAUUCAGUGUAUUUCCUUUUAAUAUUUGGAUUUUUUUUUAAACAUUUCUUUUGUUUGAAGUGUUUUCACUUGUGAAUAAUUUUAUGUGCUUUUUCUACCUGGAUUUAUAACUAUUGACCAUGUAUGAUUCAGGUGAAUCAUACAGAGAUUUAAAGUUGAUUCUAAGAGUAUAGUUCAAUAAGCCUCAUUGUUUGGAAUUUGAGAGGGAGUGUAGAUGAUUGGAUAUAUUUCAUUUAUAUUUCCCAGUUUUUUAGAACUAGUUCAGUUCUGUUAGUUUCUUGGUUUUGUCAUUUUGCAUAAAAUAGGAUAUAAAAGGGAUAAAAAAUAAAAUAGCCUCUUUUUGUAUGUGUGAAUUAUAUUUGUAACAAAUGCUUUUAUAUGACCAUGUUAUACUUGAUAAAAAUAUAUAUAUUAACCUGUUAAGUUA